CUCACCCUCACUUCUCAACCGAAAAGCACAAUCCUGUGUUGAUUGAGUACAUCUUUCCUACCAAUUGCCCUAACACGGUGCGGCCGAUACAGGCUUUUGUUGCUGCAGCAUGGAGCGCGAUAUUAGUGGCGAGGUUGCCAUCGGCUGUUCGAGCCAGCGCAGCAUCGCGUCGACCGUCAGCGACGGAAUGAUCGAUCGCCGAGAACCUCACAGGGAGAGGAUCGAGGACGACGAUAGCAGCGGCGGCAUCUCUGGCGACGAGGAAGCUCGUCACGACCAGCGAGCCGACUUGGCCCGCAUGACGUCGAGGAGGAGCUUCGCCGUUGUUGAUGGGGCCACCGCCGGGCAUCAUCGCCUGAGGUCUUCUUCCGGAACUGCUGCUGCCGCUGCUGCUACCCAAAGGGUUAGAAAUGCCAAUCCGGCAGGACAACACCGGCCUCGAAGGUCAUCCAUGACCGAGACGAGCGAGGUAGUCCCAGCGGACGAGCAACGACAAUCCAACCAGGUUGUAGACUUCUUCCGAACGGUGAACAAAGACGCGCAUCAGCUUAAGCGCCUGGGAAGCGACGGAGUCCAGGGGUGUGGAGGCCUCCUCCUGGGAGCGCUGGCAUCGUGCCUCCGCCGCGCGGGGCUGGGAAACCCGGGGGCCGCGGUCGAGCACAUGGCUUUCGGCACCGAAGACCCCCUCGCGAUUUCGACCAAGAAGGCGGCCGGCGGCGGCGUAGGCAGGCCGAGGUCUGGCAGCGGGGCGGCGGUGGGGAGGGUGAGAGGGGGGUCCGGCGACGGGGCCUCCUUCGUGUCCGGGGAGACUGUGUUGGAGGAGGAGCUGGAGGAGGACGACGACGAGGCCGACCAGGAGGAGCUGUCCGCUCAGAAAAAGAAGGUGCACGACCUCGGAGAGCUGCCCGCCCUCGACUGGUCCAACACCUCCGCCAAGUUGCUGGUGACCAUCGUUGUGGUGGGAGUGAUCCUUCUCACAACCUAUUCCGGGUGGCUUGACAAACGCGUGGAGCUGGGUCACUUCUCACUGAGGGAGUGGCUGAACGGACUGUGCGUGUCCGUCGGCGCGUAUUUCGUGAUUGAGCUCCUGGCGAAGGCGGUGGCUGGCUUCUUCAAGUGGACCCGGCUCCUACAUACCAACAACAAAGUCUGGAUCUUCAUCAAGCUGCACAAGGAGGUGUCGUUGCUAAUCUGGAGCACCAUCAUAUACCUCCUGUGGACUUGGUUUGAGGGUACCGACUUGGCGCCCGAGGACAACGGAGUGAUCGCCAAGAUACUCGGCGUCUUCUUGGCCUACACCGCUACCAACGUGGUGAGCGAGGUGUGCAAGGUGGAGAUGGCCCACCGGUACAUGUGGAAACCGUACCUCGAGCGGGCCCGCGCCAGCAUCUGGUCCCAGUACGUCAUCUUCAUGAUGACCGAUCACGCGAUGGGGCUGCAAACGAAGGACACGGAAGGGCAGGCGCUUGCCCUAGGCUUCACCAAGACCAAGAACGGCGACGAGCACCUGUCGCUUUACACGGUGGGGAAGGCGAUCGGGUUCGUCCACGCCAACGCGCUCAGGCACCCGCUGGGCCCGGGGAGACCGGGCACUGACCGCGACGGCAUGAUCGACAGCAAGACCGGUGCUCGUCUGUUCGGCGAGCUACUGUUCGAUGCCCUGAUGGUCCAAUUCAACGGGGAGGACCUCAACAAGCUGCUGCCCGUCCCGCCCGCUCUUAGCAGCUCCCGGAGCAAUGACAACCCCAGCCCAACAAAGUCAAAGGCUGUCGACACGGACCUGCCCAGACCCUUCCGCUUCAACAAAACCUUCGGGCCCGCCGCCGCAGCUGUGCAGCCUGCCGCUGAUGACGUAGACGACGACAACAACAACGUCAACAACCACGAACACAAGCACCACAGCAACAGCAACAGCAACGGCAACGGCAACGGCAACGGCAACGGCAACACGAAUACGAUCGGGCCCAGGAAGCUCAGCUGCGUCCCGGAGGAAGACGAAGAGCAGAAGGAGGAGGGGACUGGAAGCGACGACACCAAUGCGGACGGGAGCACGUCGACGGAGACGAAUGUCUCGCACUGGUCGCCGGGUGCGGAAGAACCCGCUUCCCAGUCUGCCGUGGCUGGCGACGGCACGGGGGCAGAGGCAGGGGUUGGGGCGAAGGCGAGGCACGUGAGGUCGGGUGGCAAGCGCGAUUCGGUCGGCGGGGGCGGGGGCUCCGCCGGAGGGGCGGCGGCGGCAGGGCGCAAGGGGAUCACGCUGGUGCACCUGCGGCAGAUGACGAGCAAGCCGAUCGCGCUCAAGAUGAUGGAGCUUUUCGAGGUGCCGCCGGAGGGCGUCGUGACGAGGAAAGAGUUCGUGGAUCGCACCGUCGACAUCUUCGUGCAGCGCCGGAGCCUGCAGCUCACUCUCGGCGACUACGAGGCGAUCCUAAAGAAGGUGGGCUACCUCCUGUCGGUGGUGUCUGCCGUCGUCGUCUUCUUCGUCGCACUCCGCAUCCUCGGAUACGACAUCGGCAGCCUUGUGCUCACUUGGCUCUCGCUGGCGGUGGCGUUUUCAUUCCUGUUCGGCAGCUCCGCCUCGGCUUUCUUCGAGUCCAUCGUCUUCGUAUUCGUCACCAAGGCGUACGAUGUGGGAGAUCCGGUGUACUUCGUGGAUGACACAGGUGGCGAGGACUGGUACAUCGUCACCAGGAUCAACAUGCUCACCACGGUGUUCCGGCGUUGGGACGGUCAGGCCACCCUCAUCGCCAACAACAUAAUGGCCAAGAAGGCUAUCCGCAACCAGUGGCGUUCCAGCCGCUACUUGCACCACACCAUGAUCGCUGUCUCGGUGGACACCCCCAUGGAGAAGCUCGAUCAGAUGAAGAACGGAAUCGCGGCCGGGUUGCGGCGCGGGCGCCAUUGCCACCGGCACGGCCUGGGCGGCCUGCUUCCCGACACGGUAGACUACCAGAUCAAGGGGCUCACCGACGGGAACCGGCUGUCGGUCUUCGUCGUGUGCCAGCAGCGCGAGAACAGCGCCAACAUGGGCCGGCGCUUCGGCAACUCGAAUUUGUUCCACAAGCUGCUCGCGAGGGAGUGCAACCGCCACGGCAUCAGCUACACCCUGCCCGCGCAGCCGCUCGUCGCGCAGAAGGGCGGGGAGGCGGAGGCCUUCAACAUUCGGGAGGCGUUUUUGGGAGGGGAAACCGGACGCUAGGUGUGCGGGCGCCAAUAUGGCGGAGCAGAGGAGAGCACGGUCUGUGCGACGAAGAGAAGGAAUCGGAAGAGGAGGAGAGGACGACGUACAGGAACGUGACUACGUUUGUUAUGCUGGAUAGCGGUGACAGCGCGAAAGUUACUGUGCUGGGCGAAGGAGUACGGUCAAAAACAGAUGGUUCAGGGGGGUGCCCAUAGCCGUGCAUGUCGUAGUCGUUGAGGGGUGGGUGGGUGGGAUAAAAAGUACUUAUGUGGCGGAAUAGUUCGAGAGUCCUCACAUGUUGCGGCAUCUCCAUUAAGGGUAAGAACGAUGGCUUCUCCAUGUCGAAAUGGAUUCGUGAUCAUUCGUGUGAGGAAAAUGCUGUGGUCUUGGGAGUGAUGGCGCACACCCUAAAUAGGUAGUGAGGUUUAAACUAAUCGUGCGUUUCUUGGGCCAGGUAACACAGCUGUGUGUUGCGGUGACUGGUCUCAUAUAUUUUAUUCCAUUUGGUACGACGGCUCUGAGACGACGGGUGGGCCAAUGACAAAAAUCUAGUCAUAUGAAAUACCGGGGUAGUAAGUGCGAACCCGUACUGUGGGUGUGGGUGUGGGGAAUUGUUGCUUUUAUCGUAGAUAUCUCAGGGUUAUCGAAUCUGCAGCAGUACAAGUAGGCUCAAGAAAACAUCCCAAAAGGGGUCCGUUGUGUGUGAUGUCGUUGUCAUUGCCUUUGCUGUGGUAGUGGGCGAGUCCUUGGACGACGCCGGGAACACAGGUGUUCCGUUCCAGGAGACUUUGCCAUGAAGUGGGGCGAGUACUGGCGAUGAAGCUGUGUUUUCGCCAGAAACAGGGCGCGUUAGGUUGCCGAAGGUGUAUAUGGAUUUCCGGCAUGUUUUGGUUUGUGUACGGAAGAACAGGAUAUGGUCAGCCUUGAGUUGGUAGUCUUGUGUCUUUUUCUUUGGUGUUGCGGUGUUUGAUAACCGUCUUACCGUCUUGGAUACUUGUCGUGUAGAUCUGUGUCGAGAGGUGAGGGGCGUUUACGUCAAUCGUGUGUCUGUAGUCUGGUAUGUACGUACAAGUGCGUACGAGGAUCCGUGAGGCUGUACGUGGUGUGUGUGUGGGGGGGUGUUCAGAGGUCGAUGUCAAUGUCUUGGAAGUGUUUGAAAUUUUUUCUACUCGAAGUAGUAGGUCUUCUGUUUUUGCACAUUUCCCAGGGUGGUAGCCUGUUGUCCUCCGAAUACAGGUUGUCUUCUGUGUUUGGAUGAGAGCGUGCGUUGCGCUGGCAGUUCUCUGGGAGAUGAGUCGGGUUCAGCGUAAGGCUAGGAAUCACUAUAUUGCUUGUUUGUUGGCGGUUGACGAGCUAGACACGUCAUAUCCAGCGCUUGCUGCGUGUUGCUUGCAUUGCACGCGUGUUGCGUGGUUCUAUGCCGGGGAAAGAAAGUGGAAGCUUGUUUGUUUGUUGCAGAGUGGCGGUGUGUUCUCGCAGAAGAAGUUGUAGCUUCGUCCACAUGUUGUGACUGUUCGUUCCUUAUGCGUUAUGGCCCUACAUCAGUGUAGUAUUCGCGAAUAUGACUGUUGUUGUGCGGUACAGCAGCAGCAGUAGUCCAACAUGGUGGUGUGUAGUGCACAGUUCACGCGCCACCACGUGAGUACCUAUGUGUGUACUGGUCUAAGCUAGAUUCCCUGUGGGGAAACCCAACACUGACCCAUGUUAGGUCUUAUGCUAAGUCUUAGUUGAGCACCACCAGUUAGUUUUUUUUUUUUGAGGUGGCGCGCCUAUUCAUGCGGUGGCUGUACUACAGCAGUACUUCGAAGCAGAGUAAGUACGUCGUCGAUUUCGAUGGAAAGAAUGAGACGUGAUGUUGGUGGUGCUGCGGUGAAUUCUUGCAAGACUCCAUUUGAUCUUCAUCUCCUCGUUUGAGUGACACGGAGCGGGCGAAGCACGCAGAAAAGAAAACGCGGUCAAGGGGGGGUGAACGGUUAGCCCCGGGUACACCUUCAACGUCUUGGAUACUGAAUAAUACUGCCUAUCAACACCCUGCAACUCUUCCUCACGA